CGCCAACAGCGGAGGAUGUUGCUAGCAGCCAGGGUAGAUGCACAGCCUUUUUCACAACAAUAACAUCCAACAAAUUUGCAUCUCCAUCAGCGCUUUUUCCUGGAUUUAUCGGCCGGAUCGCUGAGGGACACGGUGCCCCGGGAGACACCGUUUUAGCCCGGGUGUUUGUGCGCGUGGAGGCGGUUUGUGUUGACAAUGGGCGCGCGGGGCUGUGGAGGUUUGCAGGGCUCCUUCUUUUUGCAGGAGGAGAAACAAGAAGAAUCAUGGCUGGCGAGCUAGGCCGCACGUCGGAUUUCCAGCUCAAAGCACCCGUUUUUCCCACUCUAAAGACUGAAUUUCUGCGUGGCACUAGCAUGUGAACUGAGGCGCUGUUAGCCUGCGUUUCAGUUACACGGUUUUGUUCAUUUGCGGUGACGUUUGGAGCCGCCAGCACAGCACUUUGGAGCCCGGAGCUUCACAACCUUGACGUCUCGCCUUUCGUCGCUAGCCUCUUAGCCUGCUAGCAUCAAAGCAGCAUCUAAACUACAAACCAAGCUCGUUUUCAGCCCGGUUUUGUCCUGGAUUAACGCGCGUUUUGGUGCGCAACGGGGAUUUUACGCACGGAGAGGUUGUGCGUCUGAAUGAAUGUGGGCCAAAAUGGAUACCCCUACAAUUGUGUACGAUUUGGAUACAUCGGGGGGCUUAAUGGAGCAAAUCCAAACCCUCCUGGCACCGCCGAAGUCCGAGGAGGUGGAAAAGAGGAGCCGAAAGUUAGUUCGGGACGUCCGGAGAAGCGGAAGAGCCACAAACCAUGACACUUGUGACAGCUGCAGAGAGGGAGGAGACCUGCUCUGCUGCGACCACUGCCCGGCGGCUUUCCACCUGCAGUGCUGUAACCCUCCUCUCAGUGAAGAAAUGCUUCCUCCUGGAGAGUGGAUGUGUCACCGCUGCAACGUUAGGAAAAAGAAGCGGGAACAGAAGUUGGAGCAGACCAAUGGCCUUCCGGACCGUGUGCCCAAGCGCUCCUCCUCCCCCGGCCCCAAACGCUCCUCCUCCCCCGGGCUGAAGCGCUCCUCCUCCCCCGGUGUGGAGCUGGAGCUGACCGCCGGGCCCCUCAGGCUGGACGGUUUACCCCCCGGGGCUGGAGCCGCCGGACCCGGUCUACGCGUGGCCCAAGUUCGGCUUCUGGACCGCAGUAUGGCCCAUCUCUUCCACAGGACCAGUUCGAGACCGAGCAGUCGUCCCGGGACCCCGACGUCGAACACCUCGUCCACCCCGACCCCGUCAGAGGAGCAGAACGAGGGGGAGGAGGAGAGCGUGGAGCCGGAGGAAGAUGUCCCCGCUCCGGAGCUGGAGGGGGCGUCUCUGUCCACGCCCGCCCCGCGACUCAAGAGGCCGUUUCAGCUGCUCAUCGCCGCCGCCAUGGAGAGGAACCCCACACAGUUUCAGCUGCCCAGCGAGCUCACCUGCACCACCGCCCUGCCAGGGAGCAGUAAACGGAGGAGGAAAGAGGAGCUUUUGGGGAAACCGUUCAGGCGACCUCAACACGAACUGGACGCUAACGGCCUGGUGCCUCUGCCUGUGAAAGUCUGCUACUCCUGCAACAGGAGCUGCAGACUGGCCCCUCUGAUCCAGUGUGACUACUGCCCCCUGCUGUUUCACAUGGACUGCCUCGAUCCGCCGCUCACUGCACUGCCUGCUGGGAAAUGGAUGUGCCCCAACCACGUGGAGCACCUGGUGCUAAACCAGAGGAGCCUGAGCCUGUCGCGGAGGUGUCAGCUCUUUGACCAGUUUCAAGACCGAAUGUCUCAACACGCCGUCAAACUCGACUUCCUCCGACGAGUCCAUCGACAACACGCCCCCAACCGCCGAGCCACGCACACGUACAAGAGGACUGUCAAGGUCCCAGAUGCGAUAAAGUCUCAGUACCGGAGCCCCCCGGCCCUGGCUCUGCCUCUGGGGGUCCGACAGCUGGAGCUGGUCUGUGGAGGAGAGCUGCAGCCCAAGCACCUGACCUCCCAGAGCGAACAGGACGAGUGGCUCCAAGACGUCAUCGCGCUCCAGUGCAGCAUCAUGCGCCACCUCUCCAUCAAACAGAAGUCCCCCGCUCCCGAAUCCGACUGGGAAUCGCACAAAACCAGCACAGAUCCGAGUCCGGACCAGAACCAGGAUCUUAAAUCCAAGAACCGGGACCUUAAACCCCCUGGAGAACGGACUAGUCCCUCCCCUGCGCCCUGUGGAAAGCAGAUAGAGCCGGAUCUUUGUAAAUGCAUUUCUAUCCCUUGUCAGAACUGUAGGAAACCCAAUGGUCCGGUACCAGGCGAGACCCCCCCUCCCAAAGCCAACGGCCCCCUCGAAUGCCACAGCGUCCCGUGUAAACAGAGCGAGCACAGACUGAAAACAGCAGGGGGCGCUGUGCAGGUGAACCACAUAGGAGAGGUGAAGAGGGAGCCGGCGGAGACCAGCUCGGAAGGGGAGAUGUGCCCCCCCACGGCCCCUACGAUAUGGAGUCGAAACCAGAGCAGCGGCGUGGCGGGCGCAGACGCACUUUUGAAAAACACAGAGGAACAAGAGACGAAGAAACACCAAGCAACUUCACUCACUCCAGAUGUAAAAACCGGACCUGGACUCAUAGGCAGCUCUCUCUCUGUGGAUCACCUCUCAGCGCUCAGAGACGGGCUGGACAGUGACGGAGGUAUAGAGUUGGACAAACUAGAUGCAGAGAUGAUCAAACUCUUGGCCUGGCAGAGGAUACAGCAGCUGUUCCCUAAGAAAGAGCCCAGCCUUCCCUCUCCCCGAGCCACUUCCCUUGCCUCCAAAACGCCACCGUCCAUCCCAGACAGUCAGAAGACGGUUCAGGCUCGAGCAGUAUUUUACCCACUCACGGGAAAAGGACCAGCAGUCAACAUGUGCUAUAGGACGUUAUACAUAGGAACAGGUGCGGACAUGGACGUGUGCCUUACAAACUACGGUCAUUGUAAUUACGUUUCGGGGAAGCACGCCUGUAUUUUCUACGACGAGAAUACUAAACAUUACGAACUCCUGAACUACAGUGAACACGGCACCACAGUCGACAACGUCCUGUACUCCUGCGACUUCUCUGAAAAAGCCUCGCCAACGCCUCCAAGUGGACUGGUGGCCAAAGUACAAGGGAUCAUCCGUCGCAGUAAGAAGCAGGAGGAGGACGGUGACUCUGCCCCCAGCGCGCCGCUCGGCCUCUUACCCGUAGGGGGCGUCAUGAGCAGCCAGUCGCAGGUGUCGUCCCCGGGGCAGGUGUGCGGGUGCAGGUCCAGCAGCUCGAGCUUGAUCGGCGGAGGAGGGGCGGGGUGGGAGGGCACGGCUCUGCUCCACCACGGCAGCUACGUCAAACUCGGAUGUCUACAGUUCGUGUUCAGCGUCACCGAAUUCGCCACAAAAACGCCCAAAGAGGAGCAAACCAGUGCGCCUGCCGCCCAAACCGUCCUCGUCGCAGCACCCGUCAGCUCACCAGCGCCCCCUGCAGCCGUCAGCAGUCCCUCCAGUCAGGACGAGGCAGACAUGGAAGUGGAAGGGCCCGAACUGGCACAAGUAGUCGGCCCGUAGCCCUGACGUCCCGCCCCCCUCCACCUACGUCUGCUUUGGAUUGGUCGAUGCUAGGAAGUGUAUUUAAAGAUUGGCUAACGUGAUUGGUUCGUUUUAAAUCUGACCAUGGGUUUCAGAAUGAUGAGAAAAUUAGGAUGUCGCCAUAGCAAUUAACAAUUUAAUCUUUAAUUAUAUCAUUUUGAGGACAUUUCACCAUUCAAAUGUCACGUACAACAGUAAGAUGAAAGCCAUUUAAGCAGCAAUUUGGAUUUUGACUAAAAAAAAUUAAGUUAAAGAUGCACUCUGUAACAUUUCUGGUCAGGUCGUCCGCCACCUUUUUUGCCCGGUAUGUUUCGCAGUAUGUCUUUAAACUAGUCCAUCUAGCAUUUAUUUCUAUACAAGUGUUUUUAGAGCUGAAAAUACCUUAAAAGUGGGAUCGCCUCUCCACAGAUCUGACCUGAUACUUGGCCUCUGGUGGUGGCUUCACUUGAUUGACUGACUCGAAGGAGAUAGAUAAGUUUAAAGCCAUACAGUGGAACAUUCCCAGUAAAUUAAGGACAGCUCCAUGGAAACGAGCAGGUGGCAGACCCUCUGAGUUACGUAGUGCUGCUUUAAAUGGCUCAGUAUGUCCGUCCAACAGUCGAAGUGGUGAAGAAUUACGAUGAAAUUUAAAUUACCCAUGUUAUAAUACCGUCUUAGAAUAAAGGCCUGGGCGAAAUGGCGGAAAAAAAUCUAAAUGGCUAACUAUUGGCUGCACACACAAGUUUAACGUCAAAAUUAACGUCACGAGACAGAUAAGGCAAUAUAAGAACAUGUUAUUUGAACGACUAUUACGCAUUUGAAAUCUGACCUACUUGGUAUUUUUAAGCGAUCGACCAGUGCUCCGCCCACAAGCCUACAUCACCCACGCUCCCACACGACAACUCUCCAUAAAUAUACAAAAACAUGAUACAAAACUGUACACUACGACUUCACAAACAUGGUACGAUGUGCAGUAGUUUCAUUAGCGGGAUUUGGCUAAAUAUAGCAUUUUCAAAACAAUAAAAGCUAACAGGGUAAAUAUGUUAAAUAUGUUAAGUGUUAGCAGUUAAUACCCCCUUUUUAAGUUAAACCUUCAACUGUGGGUUUCAGAAUAAUGAAAAACUCAGACGGUUGCCAUGGCAUUUAACAAUUUAAAACCAAAUCUUCUCUUUUUGAAUGGGAAAAGAUCACUGAAUACCCAAAAUAUUAUUGAGGAAAAAUAAACGGAGACCAAAAGCAUCUACCCAAUACACGAAAACAAAACGCUUAGUCCCGCCCACUCAUUUUCAACCAACCAAUCACGUUCGCCGAUACCUCCUAGCGCGACGUCGUUUUGCACCUUUCGUGGUUAUGAAGGGAAAACUGCACCGCCGGUUGGUCAACAGGGAAAGUCUCUAUAUAUUUUUUUAUUUUUUACUCUUUGCAUGAACUUGAAGUAUUAUCGACAAUCUCUUGUUUUCAAAAUGGCUGACACAGUUGGUUAUGUUACCUUGUUUGAUAUUGGACUGUAACGAGGGAGCGCCAUGAUUUUUUUUUUUUUUUUUUUUUUGACUCGCGCUCCAAAAAUACGUCGCCAGUAUAUCCAUUAGUUAUAUAAAUACUUUGUCAGUCUCACAUUUAGCACAUUUUUAUUUUAGUAUUAAACUCAUUACAUUCUACUUUCUUUUGCUGCUUUUGCACCACUGGUAGCUACAAAUGUAUGAGAAGUCCAUACAUGACAUUGCUUACACACUAUACCAUGUACAUAAUGUAAAUAUAAAGUAAAGUCUCUAUUUGGAGAGGCAUUGGAUUUCCGUGUAGAAUUCGCCUUUUUUUUUUUUUGGUUUUUAAUUGUAUAACCCAUUGACUUUGUGAUACCGUAGUGAGGAAAGAAAUUGGUUUGUAUCCGCGCUAGCCCACUUCCGCUGUAGUCUCCGAUUGUAAAUACGGUCCGUUUUAGCACUCAUUUUGCCAUUGUGCUGCUUUGUACAUAAGCACUCUUGUCUGUACUUGGCUUGUCUGUUCAAACGUGUAAAUAUAAAAAGAUUUUCUAAGAACGAA